AUGGCCACCGUAAAAGAGCGCGACUUUGCUCCCCAGCAACUCGAGCCCCAGCUGGAUGACCAUCCAGAACAGCUACCUGCCCAAGAUCAUUCAGACUCGGAUUCUACAGCGACCGACUCAUCGGACGAAUUCGAUUGGGAUAAAGACGAUGAUGAGGCUCAAGUAGUGGAGACACAUGCAGUCAAAGCGAAACGCGGUCGAGCUCUGUGGUUACUAUUCAUGAAACUUGCUCGUCCAAUUCGUAUAUUGUUAGCAGGCAUUAUUGGUUGCGCAAUUCUCAUUGCCCCACUCCUGGUGUUUGAGCUUCGCUUCGAGUCGAAUCCUGCACGCCCUCAUGUUAAAGCUUGGUCUCUUUGGUUUGCAAUCAUUUGGGCGGCUGGCUGCUUGACCAGUAUGCUUAUCGAAAACCUACCCCGCUUCAUCAUCGCGAUAAUAAUUCUCUUUGGCGGUCAAGUCGAGCGACUCAAAAUCCAACUUGAACUCACCCUUGCUGUUAAAUUCUGGCUUAAACUGGUUCUGGACGUCGCCUGGGCAUGGAUUAGUCUUUCCGUUAUUCGCGCCUUUGAAAAGCCCCCCGGUUCAUACUGGGUCAUCGUCAAUCGUGUCAUGCAGGCGCUUUUUUCCGCUGCCAUCAUCCUCUUUUUUGAAAAGCUUUUCCUGCGCUUUGUCGCCAUCAACUUCCAUCAAAAGGCGCUUGCAGAUCGUUUGGCGGAGAAUCGACUGGGGCUUAAAGCACUAGAUCGGCUUUCAAAUGCCCAACCCACAGUCCGGAAAACAGCUUAUGGUAAACGCGGGCGUAAAACACCAACAGGCUCUGUCGAUUUCUCAGCUUUACGCCUGAAAGAUCCAGAAGUGACUCAACACACCCCCACUGCUAGCAAAACUCCUAAACAAACCCCCACCCGCAAACAGAGACGCAGAAAGGCGAUGACCAGCAUUAUCGUCGACCAAGUUGGCGGUGCCAUUGGGCAGGUUGCCUUAAAAAACUCUCGGUUCAACCGAGCAGGCGAUAUAAGCGGACUAGAUUCCGCCCGGAAGCUGGCGCGCAAACUUUUUGGUGCCCUCAGCGACGUCUAUCCACCACGAUCUCAUUUGUUGGUUGAAGACUUUUAUCCCUACUUCCAUUCAACUGCUGAAGCAACCGCUGCUUUCGCCCUUUUUGAUAAGGAUGGCAACGGUGAUAUCUCAAAGAAGGAAAUGCGCGAAGCCGUUCAACGAAUAUAUCGAGAACGCAAAGCGCUGACGUCCAGUUUGAAAGACGUAGGCUCUGCAGUUGCCAAGUUAGAUGCGGUCUUGGUAGCCGCCUGUUUGAUCAUGGUUAUCUUUGUCUGCCUCCUCAUCUUCAACCGGAACGACACCCUUACCUCCCUGGUGCCUCUGGCCACCAUCAUUCUAGGUUUCUCGUUCAUCUUUGGAAAUUCGGCCGCAACUCUAUUCAACUCACUUAUCUUCAUCUUUUCUACUCACGUCUUUGAUGUUGGAGACUUAGUUAUCAUUGAUGACCAGGUCUUGAUGGUGCGCGAGUUUGGUCUAUUUGCGACAACGUUCCGUCGCGUCGACGGUCAAGAAGUUAUUGCUCCGAAUUCCCUGUUGGCGUCGUCAAAAAUCGUUCACAAUCUACGCCGCAGUCAUUCGAUGUGGGAGACGACGAACCUCAUGGUUGCAUAUACGACUCCGCUUGAAGUGUUAGAAGAGCUUCGCGCCCGUAUAACCGCUUAUGUCGCAGCUAACAACCGUGAAUGGAGCAACUCCGCUCUCAACAUCGACAAAAUGGACUACCAGAAUGCGAUACACCUAAUUGUUGCGAUGGAACAUCGCUCCCACUGGCAGGACUGGGGAGGACGCUGGACACGACGCACAGCCUUCAUGAGGCAUCUCAAAACGGUUUUGGAGGAGCUGGAUGUCCGUUACUCUCUUCCAGUCCAGCCAGUUGUUUUCCCCAACGGCCUACCACCGGUUUCUUCUCCCCAAGGUCCAGAUUUGGGCAAUGGUGGCUCCUUCCUCUCGAGCGAUAGUCGCUUAAUGCCUCAAGCACGACCCUUCCGCUUUGGAAAACAUGAACCACACAUCCAGUCAAGGCGCGUGACAGCUCCGUCACACAUCUUCCUCCCGCCCACCACCAGUGCUGGUGCCACAUCGCCCCUCGACACACGGCGAACUACCUUUCCCGACAUGACGUCUAUGGACGAGGAUAUAUUAAGCGAUGUUGUUCCCUCCAACAUUGUCUCUCGUCAGCCCAGCCAAGGGGCGGACGGGGAGAGUGAAUACGACGAAGAAAUGCCAAGCGCUGCAGAGGAGGAAGAGCAGCAAGACGAACUCCAGGAGGAUGAAGAUGUUCCCAAAGCCAGCACGUCAAGAACAACAAGAAAGCGCAGCGAAAAGACACAAAAGCGCAAGGUCGCAGAAGGGAAACUCCAUGUGAAGCGACAAGAGAUGGACAAAGCGAAGAUUGCAGACGCGGCGAAGAGAUACUCUUACCUUCUCGGCCAAACCGAGCUGUUCAAGCAUUUCGUCGACAUAAAGCGUGCUAAGGAUCCGGAAUACGCAGCUUUAAUGGAUGCCCAACAACCAAAAGCUAAAGGCAGAGGGCGCAAAAAAGCCGUAGAUGCGAGUGCGCGCCACCGCAAGUCUGAGAAGGAAGAGGACGAAGAGAUGCUGAAAGAUGGCGAGGCGGCUGUUGAUGGAGAUGAUCAACCCUACGUGUUUGAAUCAUCACCUAGUUUCAUCAAUGGUGAAAUGAGGUCAUACCAACUACAGGGACUGAACUGGAUGGUUUCACUCCAUCACAAUGGACUCAACGGUAUUCUGGCUGACGAAAUGGGUCUCGGGAAGACUCUUCAGACCAUCUCUUUUCUUUCCUACCUCAAAUUCCACAAGGACGUACACGGCCCACAUCUGGUAGUUGUACCCAAGUCAACUUUGCAAAACUGGGCCCGGGAGUUCGAGCGAUGGUCGCCUCAAUUCAAUGUUGUCCUUCUCACUGGCAGCAAAGAAGAACGGGCGGAAAUUGUCGUGAAUCGUCUGUUGCCACAAGAUUUCGAAGUCUGCAUAACCUCUUAUGAGAUAUGUUUGAUCGAAAAGUCGGCCCUAAAGAAGUUUUCUUUCGAAUACAUCGUAAUCGACGAAGCCCACCGCAUCAAAAACGUUGACUCGAUACUCUCUCAAAUCGUCCGGUCGUUCAUGUCUCGUGGUCGUUUGCUUAUCACCGGAACACCAUUGCAAAACAACUUGAAGGAGUUGUUUGCCCUUCUCAACUUCAUCUGCCCAGAAAUUUUCGUGGACUAUGCAGACCUCGAUAGUUUUUUGCACAAGGACGAUAGUGAAGACGAAGAGGAGAAGAGUAAAAAGGUUGUGGAAGCCUUGCAUAAAAUCCUUCGGCCUUUCCUUCUUAGAAGAGUCAAGGCGGAUGUCGAGCGAACCCUUUUGCCCAAGAAAGAGAUCAACAUCUAUGUUGGACUGACGGAGAUGCAGCGAAAAUGGUAUCGUUCAGUGUUAGAGAAAGACAUUGACGCUGUCAAUGGACUGACCGGGAAGAAGGAAGGCAAAACGCGGUUGAUGAAUAUGGUGAUGCAACUACGAAAAGUUACCUGCCAUCCAUACCUCUUUGACGGCGCCGAACCCGGUCCACCCUACACCACUGACGAGCAUCUCAUCGACAACUGUGGCAAAAUGAUCAUUCUAGACAAGCUGCUCAAAUCUAUGAACGAAAAGGGCUCUCGAGUACUCAUCUUCAGCCAGAUGAGCCGUGUUCUUGAUAUUCUGGAGGACUACUGCUUGUUUCGUGGAUAUAAAUACUGUCGUAUAGACGGAGGCACAGCUCACGAGGAUCGAAUUCUCGCCAUCGACGAAUAUAACAAACCAGGAAGCGAAAAGUUCAUAUUUCUGCUGACAACCAGAGCUGGUGGUUUGGGCAUUAAUCUUACGACGGCCGACAUCGUCGUUCUCUAUGAUAGUGACUGGAAUCCACAGGCAGACUUGCAAGCCAUGGACCGUGCUCAUCGUAUCGGGCAAACAAAACAGGUUUACGUGUUCCGGUUCAUUACGGAAGGCAGCGUCGAAGAGCGCAUGCUAGAAAGGGCGGCCCAGAAGUUGCGACUGGACCAACUAGUUAUUCAGCAAGGCCGCACCCAGCAAGCGAAAGCGGCGAACAAGGAUGAGCUUUUGGACAUGAUCACGCAUGGUGCCGAGAAGAUUCUCAGUACGACAGACAAUCUUGUUGUCGAUGACGAUAUCGAUGCAAUUAUCCAACGAGGAGAAGAACGAACCACUGAACUUAACAGCAAAUACGAGGGGCUUGGAAUAGAAGACCUGAGCAAUUUCAAGUCAGAAGCAUCGGUUCAACAGUGGGAAGGCGAAGAUUUCCGAGCCGGCCGCAAAGCUUUGAACUUCAACCUACUCUCUUUAGCUAAGCGAGAGCGCAAGUCCAACUACUCCGUCGACAGUUACUUCAAGGAUGCCAUGCGCACUACGGGAGCCAAACCAGAGAAAGGCCCCAAACUACCUCGCGCGCCAAAACAAAUUACUCUUCAAGAUUUCCAAUUCUUUGACGCCGAACUUCAUCUGUUCCAGGAGCGGGAAUUAGCGGUUCACAAGCGUGCUAAUGGCGUUGUUGUCCCUCUUCCCGAGCCUCAGGGCCCCGACGACACUCCGGAAAUGCUCGAAAUAAAACGGGAGCACGCACAGGAGUUCAUUGAUACUGGCAUGAAGUUCUACCGCUGGAUCGACAAGUAA